CCAAAAAAAACGGUUUUGUUGUGAAUUGUUCACCAAUAUGUUUAAUUUCAAAGUUUAAAUAGUCGACGAUAUCUAACGAAAUCAUACUAAUAAAGUCGUAAGAUUAACGUCCUUUGCUUCAGUCUUCCCAUCUAAAAUAGCGUUAUAAUGCAGAAGAGUAAGAAAAAGAAGGGCGAUGAAGAACCGAUGGAUGUUGAUGAGAAUCCCAACCAAGCAAACGGCAACGGAGACCUCGAUGAUGAAAUUGAUCAUAUAUCCGAUGAUGAAGAGGGAGGAACCAGGAUAGGAGACAUAUACAUACCUCCAGCACCGAAACCAGCUCUCACAUUUGAUACAACUGGCCCUAGGUUGAUAAUAACUCACAUAGUAAAUGAAAACUUUAAAAGUUACGCCGGAGUACAAGUUCUGGGUCCUUUCCAUAAAAGUUUUACAGCCAUCAUUGGGCCCAACGGCAGUGGAAAGAGCAAUGUGAUAGAUUCCAUGUUGUUUGUAUUUGGCUACCGAGCCACUAAAAUCAGGUCAAAGAAGAUUUCAGUGCUCAUCCACUCUUCAAGCAAAUUCCCAAACAUUACUAAUGCCAGUGUUGCUGUACACUUCUGCCAAAUCAUUGAUGGGGAAGGAGAAGAGUUCACCGUAGUACCAAACAGUGAGAUUGUGGUCGCGCGCACAGCACACAAAGACAACUCGUCAUAUUACACACUAAACGGAAGAAGAGUGCAGUUCAAAGAAGUUGCUAAAAUGUUGAGAUCUAAUGGCAUUGAUUUAGAUCACAAUAGAUUUUUAAUUUUACAGGGAGAAGUAGAACAAAUUGCCAUGAUGAAGCCGAAAGGUCUCACUGAACAUGAAUCUGGAAUGUUAGAGUACUUGGAAGACAUCAUAGGCACCUCUAGAUACAAGGAACCAAUAGAAAAACUCUCAGUGAAGGUAGAAGAGUACAGUGAGAUGAGGAAAGAGAAGUUAAACCGAGUGAGGCUGGUUGAACAGGAAAAGUUGAAGCUGGAGCAGCCGAUGAGAGAAGCUGUUGAGCUGAUGAACUUGACCAACACCACACUGCGGACUCGGAAUAUGCUGCUGCAGAAGUAUAUCCAUGAAACUAAUAAAAUAAUUGAAACUAAGACUAAAGAAAUGGAAGAACUAAAAUCUACACUGAGCAGUAUUGACGAGAAACUAGCCAAACUAAAGGAAGAGUUACACGAAAAGACUACAGAACUCAAAAAUGGAACACAAAAAUACGAUAAAUUGCAAAAGCAGAAAGACGAAAUAGCAGAGAAACUACAGUCCUGCAAGAAGAAAACUGUCUCAGUGCAAGGCGACAUAACGCAAGCCAAUAAGAAGAAGAAAAAUCUAGAACAACUGCUAGAACAAGAGAAAGGGAAGCUUAUUGAGCUAGAAUUGGUUCCAGAAAAAAACAAACGCGAGAUUGAGGAUUGUGAGAAACUGUUGGAGAAAAACAAGGAGAGUAAGAGUCAAGCUGAGGAGGAACUACAGACCAUGAUGGCCAGUGUCAGAUCUAAAACGCAAGGUCUGCAAGAACAGAAGGAUAAGUUACAGGCAAAACUUAUCGAUCUCAAGAAAAUUGUUGAUGAAGCCAACAAAGAAUUUAAGUUAUCAGAAUCUGAGCUUAAAAUAUACCUCAGCACGGAAGAGAAGGAAAAUGAGAAGCUUAACAAAAUGACAGAGAGCUAUGAGAACGCGACAAAAGACUUGGCUGAAAAGAAAAUACAACAAGAAGAAUUAUCUAAAACAGUGCCAAAACAGGAAAAAGAAUUGGUGCAAAUGCGCAAUAAACUGCAGAAUCUUAAGGCAGAAGAGUCUAAUAUAGCCGGGCAGGCUAGGACAUUGAGAGCGCAACUGGAAGAGUCUCGACAGGCGAUGAGCGCGAACAGGUCGCGCGGCCGAGUUCUGGAUGCGCUGAUGAAGGAGAAAAAAGCAGGAAGACUGCCUGGGAUAUUCGGGAGACUGGGUGAUCUUGGCGGUAUAGACUCGAAAUACGACGUCGCCAUAUCGACCUGCUGCGGAGCGCUCGACAACAUUGUAGUAGACAGCGUCGAGACAGCGCAGGCUGGCGUGGAGUACCUCAAACAGCAUGACAUAGGCCGAGCCACGUUCAUAGCGCUCGACAAACAGCAGCAUCUAGUGCCGCAGUACCAGAGGAAGUUGAGCUACCCUGAGAACGUCCCGCGCCUCUUCGAUCUCGUUAAAGUGAAGGACGAGCGCGUGCUGCCGGCAUUCUACUACGCGCUGCGCGAGACGCUGGUGGCCGCCGACCUGGAGCAGGCCUCGCGCAUCGGGUACGGCGCCACGCGAUAUCGCGUCGUCACGCUGCACGGUGACGUCAUAGAGAUAGCGGGUACGAUGUCCGGGGGCGGUCGCACGGCGCUGCGCGGGCGCAUGUCGAGCAGCGUGCAGCAGGACACCGCGCACGAUCCCAGAGACGUCGCCGCCAAGGAGGAGAGGCUGGAGGGGCUGCAGCAACGGCUGAGUGAGCUGCGAAGUGAACAGUCUGAACUAGAGGAGUCGCUAGUGUCGAUACAAAGCAGCGCGCGCGAGGGCAAGACUACGCUACAGAAGUUGGACAUUGAACUGCGCAGCUUGACAGACCAGGUGCCUGCACUGAAGGCCCAAAUAAAACAACAACAAGCGAAAGUUGCGUCGAGUAAGGUGGACGCCAAACAGAAGCAGAAACUGGAACAAAACCUCAAAGCCGCUGAAGAGAAGCUAGAUAAAGCCAAAUAUAACGCCGGAGAGGUGGAAAAAGAAGUUGCGGGCGUAGACGCACAGAUCUCCGCGGUUGCGGGCAGCAAGGUGAAGGAUCUACAGAAACAAGUUGACGAUCUAACGAAGAAGAUCGACAAAGUGUCCAGCGAGAUCACGAAACUGCGAGUUGCUAUAAACACUAGUGUGAGGAAUGCUAAGAAGUCAAAAGACAAGAUAAACCAAAUGGACGCGGAUCUACAGGAUACAUUGAAGAACUUGGAAAACCUCAACAGUCAGAAGAAACAGCUGACUCUAGACACGUCACAGUUUCAGAAGGAGUUUGAAGAGCUCGAAGAACAAAUCAACGAGGGUACAGGGGAAUUCUCGGGCCUGCGGCAGGAGAUCUCGAAACUGCAGGCCAAAGAGAACAAGGCCAAGAGCGAGCGGCUCGAGGCCAAUAACGCUGUCAGCAAGAUGGAGAAGAGCAUACAGGACUGCACCAGCAAGACGCCUAUGUGGCAGAAGGAGCUAUCAUCUCUCAAACUCGAAGACCCGGGCCUAGACGGCGUCCCCGGCAUAGACCGGCCGGAGCCGCUCGCGACCCACUCGGCCGAGGAGCUGGACGAGUGCGCGGUGGACGAGCUGCGGAACAGGCUCGCGGCGCAGAAGGCGAGGGUCGGGGAUAGUAAGCCCAAUGUGCAGGCUAUACAGGAUUAUAGAACGAAAGAGGAGUUAUAUCUGAAGAGAGCGGCGGAGUUGGACGAAAUCACGACGAAGAGAAACGAAAUGAGAGCGCUCUACGACCAACUCAGGAAAAAGCGGACGACAGACUUCCUUAGUGGUUUCAACACGAUAACGAACAAAUUAAAGGAGAUGUACCAAAUGAUCACUCUGGGUGGUGACGCGGAGCUCGAGCUCGUCGACUCGCUAGAUCCCUUCACCGAGGGGAUUAUAUUCAGUGUCCGUCCCCCAAACAAGUCGUGGAAGAACAUAUCGAACUUAUCCGGCGGGGAGAAGACGCUGUCCUCCCUGGCGCUGGUGUUCGCGCUGCACUACUACCGCCCCACGCCGCUAUACGUCAUGGACGAGAUCGACGCCGCGUUGGACUUCAAGAACGUGUCCAUCGUUGCUAACUACAUCAAGGAACGAACGCGAAACGCCCAGUUCAUAAUCAUAUCUCUGAGGUACAACAUGUUUGAGGUGUCUAACAGAUUGGUGGGCAUCUACAAGACCGAGGACUGCACCAAGUCGGUCACCAUAGAGAACAAAAUACCAGAGCCUAAAGACAUCGUAACGUCGGUGUAGACCAGUGGUACUCAACCUUUUUUAUGCGGGCCACAAACACAUUUUAGUCCUGAUGUCGCGAGCCGCACACAGAGUUAAUUAUUUAAACGUUGCAAAAUAACGUUGUUCAAAAUUAACAGUUAUCUAUCUUUUCGCGGGUCACUGAUACAGUUUCGGAGGGCCGCAUGCGGCCAGCGGGCCGGAGUUCAGAGUAUAGCUGGUGUAGAUUGUAUAAAGUAUUAUAAGGUAAGGUAUAUAUAUUU